CGGCUAUUUGCAGUGCGCGUUGGCAUCCGUACGAUACUCUUGUUUCAGUUGCAUCUCAAGGAGCUCUUUGAACACCCUUUAUAAUGGCUGAUAACGAGGAUCUUUUAGAUUACGAGGAGGAGGACCAGACCGAGCAGGUCGUAGCGGAAACCACGGAGCAGCCGAAAAAAGAUGUGAAGGGUACCUAUGUAUCCAUUCACAGUUCCGGUUUCCGGGAUUUCCUGUUAAAGCCUGAAAUUUUACGCGCCAUUGUCGACUGUGGAUUUGAGCAUCCUUCCGAAGUACAACACGAAUGUAUUCCACAGGCUGUGCUUGGCAUGGACAUUUUGUGUCAGGCCAAGUCCGGUAUGGGAAAGACGGCUGUGUUUGUGCUUGCAACCCUUCAGCAGCUGGAACCGACCGAAAACGUGCCGUACGUGCUGGUCAUGUGCCACACGCGCGAGCUCGCUUUCCAAAUCAGCAAGGAGUACGAACGUUUCUGCAAGUACAUGCCCACCAUUAAGGUGGCCGUGUUCUUCGGUGGACUGCCCAUCCAGAAGGACGAGGAGGUUUUGAAAUCGACGACCCCGCACAUCAUUGUUGGAACGCCGGGCCGUGUGCUGGCGUUGAUCCGCAACAAGAAGCUCAACUUGAAGAAUUUGAAGCAUUUCAUCCUAGACGAGUGCGACAAAAUGCUCGAACAAUUAGAUAUGCGCCGCGAUGUCCAGGAAAUUUUCCGUAACACACCCCACGGAAAGCAAGUGAUGAUGUUCUCCGCCACACUGAGUAAAGAAAUUCGCCCAGUGUGCAAAAAGUUUAUGCAAGAUCCUAUGGAAGUUUAUGUCGACGAUGAAACCAAAUUGACGCUGCACGGAUUGCAACAACACUAUGUUAAGUUGAAGGAGAACGAGAAAAAUAAGAAACUAUUUGAAUUGCUUGACGUUCUAGAGUUUAACCAGGUGGUCAUUUUCGUGAAAUCAGUGCAACGGUGCAUGGCAUUGGCGCAGUUGCUAACGGAGCAAAACUUCCCCGCCAUCGGCAUCCAUCGAGGAAUGGUGCAGGAGGAGCGUUUGUCUCGGUACCAGCAGUUCAAGGACUUCCAGAAGCGUAUCCUUGUUGCCACAAAUCUGUUUGGCCGCGGAAUGGACAUCGAGCGUGUGAACAUUGUGUUCAACUACGAUAUGCCGGAAGAUUCUGACACCUACCUGCAUCGCGUGGCUCGUGCCGGUCGUUUCGGUACCAAGGGUUUGGCCAUUACGUUCAUCUCCGACGAGGCGGAUGCUAAGAUUCUGAACGAUGUACAGGAUCGAUUCGAUGUGAAUAUCAACGAGCUACCCGACGAAAUCGAUCUCUCCUCGUACAUUGAAGGACGAUAAAAUGUUAGCAUUUACCAUUUUCUGAACGAUCAUCGUGUUUUAGAGAAUUAAUUCUUGACUUCUUAAAACGGCGCAGUGGUCAUCAAUGUGAGAAAAUUGAUACAUAAUUUUUUUAAUACGUUGCUACGCGCUGCGCACGAUUAACUCAAUUUAAUCGUCAUGGCAAAAUCUGAAUUUGUUGCUUGCUUCACAGAUUGUGUUUCUUUCUUCUUGAAUGCUGAUAAUUCAUUUAUGAAUUAAUUCAAAGGUGUCCAAAAGCAGAGAAGCAUAAAAGAUGAGGAUCAUAGUUUUAUGUAUUUUUUAUUUACAAACCAAGCGCAGUAGCAGUAAGCAAUCAAUCACCUUCAAUUUUCCAAUUGUUUACAUACUAACGUCCGUUAGCUCUAUUGGAAUGUAUUCGUCGUACCUACCAGAAUAGCACAGCAGUGUAACUUGUGCAUUAAUCGUAAAAAGAAGUCGUCUUACCUAACACUGUGCAUCAGCUUGACGUGAAACAAACUUUCUUGUUUCUGUUCAACUGAGUCACAUGGUCGGAAGAUCUUUUUUCACGGUUCUAUUGAUUUUCAAUAGCAGUAGAAGUUAGGAAGAGCAUUAUUCAUAGUAGUUAAGGCUUGAUAUCCAUGUAAUUUUGAAGAAACAAACAAACUAAAACGAGUAAAUAUAAGGAAGGAGAAUGUAUUCAGUGUGAGAA